AUGAAAUAAGAGUCUUGGGAUGAUUUGCAUCUAGCAAAUGAAAAAUCUAUCACAAAAAUUCUAGAGCCAGGUGAGCAUGUUUUAUUUUCAAGUUUGCUCUACAAAUUUAAUGAAGUCAAUAAAAGAUAAGAAAGAACGAUUCUCAUUACAACACAUAAUCUGUAUAAUCUAUCAAAAUUGACUGUAAAGAGAAAAAUCCCAAUUAGAAGAGUCUAUGCCAUAACCAUUGGUUUGAUUGGAACAGAAUUUGUAGUGCAUGUCCCUGAAGAAUAUGAUUACCGAUACUCGAGUUCAGAAAGAAGAGAUUAUGCCGUACUGAGCAUAAUCAAAGCCUAUUGCUAAUAAAACAAAGGAGCUGCACUUCCAAUAUUCUACAAAGAUGAACUCACUCUCACAGCCUACACAACUACAAAAGUUGAUAAAAAAAAGGGAAUCAAUAGAUUACCAACAACUGGAUCGGAAUUGAUGAACGAGGAGUAAUUCAGAAAGAGAUUAGAUUCCCAGACAGAAGAACGAUUACAAACCAGAGCAAAGACAUCGACAUUGUAUGCAAAGUAGAAAGGAGAAGUUGUCACCAUAGAUGAUUUUGACUUAAUCAAAGUAUUGGGCAGAGGAGCAUAUGGUAAAGUGAUGUUAGUAGAGAAAAAGAGCGAUAAGUAAUAUUAUGCUAUGAAAUCCAUUCGCAAAGAAGAUGUGGCAGAUCCUGAAUAAUUGGAGCACACCAAAACAGAAAGGAUAGUUUUAUAACACAUAAAUCAUCCAUUUUUGGUCUCUUUGAAUUGGGCAUUUCAGACACCUGAAAAACUAUUCUUUGUGACUCAAUUCAUGAAAGGAGGUGAAUUGUUUUAACAUCUAAAACAUGUUAAAAGAUUUGAAGAGAAUAGAACUAAAUUUUAUGUCUCAGAAAUUAUUUUGGCAUUAGAACAUUUGCACACAAAAAACAUUAUAUAUAGAGAUUUAAAACCAGAAAAUGUCCUCUUAGAUGAUCAAGGUCAUGUUUGUUUAACGGAUUUUGGAAUGUCCAAGAUAUUAAAAACAAAUGAGUUGGCUAAAUCCUUUUGUGGUACUCCUGAGUACUUGGCUCCUGAAAUUCUUCUAGAAACUGGUCAUUCAAUGGCUGCAGAUUGGUGGGCAUUGGGCAUACUCACUUACGAGAUGUUGUAUGCACUACCUCCAUUUUAUAACAAAAAUCAAGAUCUAAUGUUUAAACAGAUUUAAAAUAAAGAUAUUAGUUUCCCAACUACUCCUUAGAUUUCUAAUGAAGCUAAAGAUUUUAUCCAGAAAUUAACAAUUAAGGAUGCAAAAUAAAGAUUAGGAUACAAUAAAACUGAAGAUAUAAAAAAUCAUCCAUGGUUUAAGGGAGUGAAUUGGGAGAAGCUGUUAAAGAAGGAGGUCGAAGCUCCUUUUAAACCAUAAAUAUAGGGGGAGGCAUGGCUAGAAAAUUUCGACAAAUAGUUUACUGCUGAAGAGGCUAUAAACUCUUAUGCACCUGAAAACAAUCUAGUCAAUUAGGAUGAAUUCAAAGAGUUUGACUAUUAUUAAAAAUGA